UCAUAGUGUUUCCAACACAAUUACAAGCUAAAGAAAUGUCUUCAUCGAAGCUUCCUUGUUCAACUCGUGGAUCCAUCUCCACCCACAAUCGUCCCUUAGCCAACUUUCCCCCUGACGUUUGGGGUGAUAUUUUCUUACAUCCAUCUAAAAUGUACGUGGAUGGUGAAACCCAACUACAGCACGAAGAACUGAAAGAAGAAGUAAGGAGGAUGAUUAGGGUAGAUGUGGGUGAUGAUUUACUGCACAAACUGCGUUUGAUUGAUACAGUCAAACGGUUGGGAGUGAGUUACCAUUUUGAAAGAGAGAUAAAGGAAGCAUUGCACUGUGUUCAUGAGCAUCCCUACCAAUAUGACCAAACUCUCGAGGCUACCUCACUUCGAUUCCGAUUGCUUAGAGAGAGUGGAUUUAAUGCUUCCUGUGAAACGUUCAACAAGUUCAAAGAUGAUGAAGGAAGCUUCAGCAAGUCCUUAACAAGUGAUGUGAAAGGUUUGCUCGAACUAUACGAAGCUGCGCAUUUACUUGUUCAUGGGGAACACAUACUCCAAGAAGCCCUUGCGUUCACCACUACUCAUCUUGAGUUAGCCAAAGCUACUGGAAUUGUGGAGUAUCCUCUUUCAGCCUUAGUCUCCAAUGCUCUAUACCUACCCUUACGCAAGGCCCUGCCAAGGUUGGAGGCAAGGCGAUACAUUUCCAUUUAUCAAGAAGAUGCUUCACACGACAAAACACUGCUGAAGUUUGCAGAGCUGGAUUUCAACCUGUUACAAAAUUUACACAAGGAAGAGCUAUGCAAGCUCUCUAGGUGGUGGAAAGAUUUAGAUUUUGCUUCAAAACUACCGUUUGCACGAGAUAGAAUGGUGGAAUUAUACUUUUGGAUGUUAGGAAUGUACUUCGAGCCUAUUUACUCUUUUGCCCGAGAGAUACUAACAAAAGUAGUAUCUCUGAUAUCAAUUAUGGAUGACAUAUAUGAUUCAUAUGGCACAUUUGAAGAACUUCAACUCUUUAGGGAUGCAAUUCAAAGGUGGAAUGAUGAUUGUGUAGAUCGACUCCCAGAUUACAUGAAACUGUUCUACAACUUAUUAUUAAAUAUCUACAAAGAAAUUGAGGAGGCGAUGACAAAACAAGGACAACCAUAUCGUGUCCAACAUUCUAUAAACAAAUUUAAGCAGCUGAGUGAUAGUUAUUUUGCUGAGGCCAAAUGGUACAAUGAAAACCAUGUACCAACGAUGGAAGAGUACAUGAGGGUCUCACUUAAAUCUGCUGCAACUGCUCCAAUAAUUGUCACGUCUCUUGUUGGAAUGGAAAAUGAGCUGACACCUGAGAUUUUCAAUUGGGCAUCUGACGACCCUAAAAUCAUUGUUGCUUGUGCCAUUCAGGGCCGCCUCGAAGACGAUAUUGCUUCACACAAGUUUGAGCAAGAAAGAGGGCACUGUGCGUCGGCUGUUGAAUGCUACAUGAGAGAACAUGGAGUUUCAGAAGAAAAAGCAUGCAUUGAAUUGAAGAAGCAAGUGGAUAAUGCAUGGAAAGAUAUAAACUAUGAGAUGAUAUUUAGUGAGACAUCUAAGGUUGUUCCAGUGUCGGUUCUUACACGAGUUCUCAAUCUUACGAGGGCCACUGAGUUCAUGUAUUUGGCUGGAGAUGGGUACACACAUGUUGGAAAAUCGACUAAAGAUGGCAUCACUUCAUUGCUCAUUGAUCCAAUCUCAGUCUCGGCUUCAGGAAAUUAA